AUGGCGCCCAACCACCUCGAUCGUUCGGACCUCGUCCCAGGGACAGUCCAUCUGGUGGACGUCGCUGGAGAGGCAGGAAAUUCGAAACGCGAAAAAGAUAUCGUUUUAGUUCCUCGACCGAGCGCAGACCCGGAAGAUCCUCUGAAUUGGAGUCGUCGUCGCAAAUUAUUACACAUGGCCAUGUUGUUCAUCUAUACCCUCGGCGUGGGUAUUCCAACGACCUUACAAUACAGUGUGCUCGCGGAUAUUACACGCGAUACCGGUAUAACUACUGCUCAAUUGGUCAACGGUACCGGCCUCAUGUUCUUAUUUCUCGGAUGGGGAUGCCUGCUCUGGCAACCUAUCGCAAUUACGUACGGCCGUCGCGGCGUUUACGUCCUUUCAUGUCUCUUCUGCGUUCCCAUGAUGGUCUGGACGGCAUACUCCAAAUCCUAUGGAGAAUGGUAUGCGCAUCGAAUUAUUAUGGGUCUGGCCGCCUCGCCCAUCGAAUCUCUCCCAGAAGUGUCGAUCCCCGACAUAUUCUUUGCUCACGAGCGUGGUAGGUGGAUGGGCGGUUAUGUGUUAUUCUUGUUUGGAUCGAACUUUAUUGCUCCCCUUAUCGCGGGUUGGUUCAACGACGCCUACGGGUGGCGAUGGGUCAUGCAUUUCGGGGCAAUGAUCAGUGCAGUUGCCACAGUUAUUAUCUUUUUCUUCAUGGAAGAAACGCUGUAUUUUCGAAAGACCGUCGAAGGUGAAGAGUUAGACGUCUCAUCAAGUGAUGGGAAUUCCCUUAAUCGAGAAAGCUCGAAGGAGAAGCGAGAGGUCCACGCCGCAUCCACCUCCGAAAACGUCGAAUCAUUCCCGCUUGCACGCACCUAUAUUCAGAAGUUAAACCUCUUCGUCUUUCUACAAGGACGACCAACCAUCAAGCAAAUGCUCACGAUGAUGUACCGGCCCUUGUUGAUCAUUCUCUAUUUCCCUUGUACCUCGUGGGCAGGAUUCCUUUACGGUAUCAACCUGUCUUGGUACAAUGUGCUAAACGCAACCGCCUCCCCCGUCCUCUCCGCAGCUCCGUACAACUGGACUGCGGCGCUUGUUGGUUCCGCCUAUGCGGCACCUAUCAUUGGAGCUAUCUUUGCCUGCGCUUGGUCCGGAAUCGUCGCUGAUAAGGUUGCGAUCUAUCUUGCUCGACGCAAUAAGGGUGUUCGUGAACCAGAGCACCGCCUGUGGCCGCUUGUUGUCUCCGGUGUCGUAUCCACUGCCGGUCUGAUCAUAUGGGGCGUUGGCGCUUCGUAUGGAGUACACUGGGUUGGUCUUGAGUUCGGCCUUGGCAUGCUUGCGUUUGGCUGCAUCACAGGAGGCUCUAUCGCCAUCUCCUACAACAUCGACUGCUUUAAGGAACUCAGUGGUGAAUCGAUGGUGUCUGUAAUUAUCAUUCGCAACACCCUCGGAUUCGGGUUUAGCUAUGCUAUUACCCCUUGGAUUGAGGCGCAGGGUCUCCGUAACUGCUUCAUCACGGUGGGUAUGGUUUCGCUCGCGACGACGGCUACUUUCUUAAUUAUGACAGUCUGGGGCAAGAAGCUGAGAAAAUUCUCGAGGGACAAAUACUGGGAAUACGUCUCUACAAGCGUCGCUGGAACUAUUUAAUCUGUAUGGGGUAUUGGGUUGGCCUUUUUCUUUUUGAUGUGUAACAAGAAUUACUCUUUGGAGUCAUGAUAUUUUUAUCUACAAAUUCUGCCAGA